CUUGUGGGAACGUGGCUUUUUUCAUUAUGUGUGCGUCAGUCAAAUACAACACUCGGGGUCCAGCCCUCAUCCCAAGAAUGAAGACCAAACAUCGCAUCUACUACAUUGCUCUGUUUUCUGUUGUUCUACUGGGGUUAAUUGCCACUGGCAUGUUCCAGUUCUGGCCUCACUCCAUUGAGUCCUCAAAUGAAUGGACCCUAGAGAAGCGCAGCAUUCACGAUGUACCUAUAAUCAAGAUUCCUGCAGACAGUGGCAUUCCAGAACGGGGAGAUCUUAGCUGCAGGAUGCACACAUGUUUUGAUGUUUAUCGCUGUGGCUUCAAUCCGAAGAAUAAGAUCAAAGUCUAUAUUUAUUCCCUAAAGAAGUAUGUGGAUGAAUACAACAUGCCAGUCAGUCACACCAUUUCCAAGGAAUACAAUGAACUAUUAACUGCUAUUUCUGAUAGUGACUUUUACACAGAUGACAUCAAUCGUGCUUGUCUAUUUGUACCAUCCAUUGAUGUUCUCAACCAGAACACACUGCGGAUCAAGGAAACAGCUCAGGCUUUGGCACAAUUAUCCCGUUGGGAUCGAGGCACCAAUCAUCUCUUGUUCAAUAUGCUGCCUGGAGGGCCACCUGACUAUAACACAGCAUUAGAUGUUCCAAGAGACAGAGCUCUGUUGGCAGGAGGUGGUUUUUCUACAUGGACCUAUCGGCAAGGAUAUGAUGUCAGUAUUCCAGUUUAUAGUCCCCUAUCUGCAGAAGUACAACUGCUAAAUAAAGGACAAGGCCUCCGCAGAUACUUUCUCCUCUCCUCCCAAAUUGCUCUUCAUCCUGAAUACCGUUCAGAACUGGAGGCUCUUCAAGCAGAAAAUACAGAAUCUGUGCUAAUCUUGGACAAGUGUAGUAACCUUUCGGAGGGAAUUCCAUUUAUUCGAAAACGUUGCUAUAAAAACCUGGUGUUUGAUUACCCUCAGGUCCUUCAGGAAGCCACAUUCUGUAUUGUUCUGCGGGGAGCACGUUUAGGACAAGCUGUUUUGAGUGAUGUUCUUCAGGCUGGUUGCAUCCCUGUUGUCAUAGCGGAUUCUUAUGUUCUUCCUUUCUCUGAAGUUUUGGACUGGAAGAGAGCUUCUGUGGUAAUACCUGAGGAGAAGAUGCUUGAGCUAUACAAUAUCCUACAGAGCAUACCCCAGCGGCAGAUUGAAGAGAUGCAGAGACAGGCAAGGUGGUUCUGGGAAGCUUACUUUCAAUCAAUGAAAGCUAUUGCUAUGGCAACUCUUAAGAUUAUCAAUGACCGGAUCUAUCCAUAUGCUGCAACAUCAUAUGAAGAAUGGAAUGAUCCCCCAGAAAUUAAAUGGAGCAGUGUAAGCAAUCCACUGUUUCUCCCAUUGAUCCCACCUCAGUCACAAGGCUUCACUGCUAUUGUCUUGACAUAUGAUCGUGUUGAAAGUCUCUUUCGAGUGAUCACUGAAGUUUCAAAGGUUCCAAGUCUUUCCAAAUUGUUAGUUGUUUGGAACAAUCAAAAUAAAGUUCCACCAGAAGAAACUGUUUGGCCUAAAGUUCGAGUUCCAUUAACAGUUGUACGAACCACAGAAAAUAAACUGAGUAAUCGAUUCUUCCCCUAUGCUGAGAUUGAAACAGAGGCUGUGUUAGCCAUUGAUGAUGAUAUCAUCAUGUUGACCUCGGAUGAGCUGCAGUUUGGCUAUGAGGUGUGGAGAGAGUUCCCUGACAGAUUAGUUGGCUAUCCUGGCCGCCUGCAUUUAUGGGACCAUGAAACAAGUAAAUGGAAGUAUGAAUCAGAGUGGACCAAUGAAGUCUCAAUGGUGCUAACAGGGGCAGCCUUUUAUCACAAGUAUUUUAAUUACUUAUACACAUAUAAAAUGCCUGGGGACAUCAAAAACUGGGUGGAUGCGCAUAUGAAUUGUGAAGACAUUGCCAUGAAUUUUCUAGUGGCCAACGUAACUGGGAAAGCAGUUAUUAAGGUGACACCCAGAAAGAAAUUCAAAUGUCCAGAAUGCACAGCCAUCGAUGGGUUAUCCUUAGAUCAAACACACAUGGUAGAAAGGUCCGAAUGUAUUAACAAGUUUGCCUCUGUCUUUGGGACCAUGCCUCUGAAAGUGGUAGAGCACCGGGCGGAUCCAGUCUUAUACAAAGAUGACUUUCCUGAAAAGCUGAAGAGCUUUCCUAACAUUGGAAGCUUGUGAAGAGCAACCAUGAGUGAAGUUGGAAAUUGGAAUCCAGCAGCACCCCAGACAGCAGCUGAUGCAAGGAAAAACCUUCAGGACCGAAAGAAUCAUGCCAAGGAGUAUUAUAGAGAGAGGUCACCAAAAAUUAAUGCUUCCUGAAAAGCUUUUCAACAGAGAGUAAAAUUCAGUGCAAAAAGAAGCAGUGGAGGCUGCAUUGAUCUACUGAAAUGUUUGUUGGCUUUAUAAAGAUUGCAUACAUAGGAAUAUACACAAUGCAAAGUUUUUGAUCACAGAUCAAAAAAUACUUCUUCUCUAAGGGCUGCUAUACCAUAUCUCUUGUUGGUCCAUUUUCAGACUGCUUUCCAGAUUUGCUGCCCAGGUGCCCUCUUUGGCUGGUGUGCAAGGCCUGCUUUAGCAUCUUUUCAAAUACAUUAUAAGCAUUAAUUCUGCCAUACAAUUGGCAGCUUUUUUUUUUGACUCAGUUAAGCAACCAAAAAAAGGAAAAUGUGUAUUGAUGUUGGGUUCAUUUUUAACGUUACAAGAUAAUUGAAGUUGAAUAAAGCAGCAGUUCUUAUUUUUCUUUUUAUUAAGGUAUCUAGUUGUUAGUAAAAGGAACACAUUUCAUGCUUUCUAUUAUUUCUGCUGAACAGAAGAUUGAAUAGAAUACCUUCAGAUUAGACUGCAUUUUUAAGCAUAUAGAUGAGUAUUCCAUUCUUAGCCUAUUUUUAUAUUUCAGCCUGCUUUCCCUGCCAUAUUGGGAUGGUUUUCAGUUGACCAAUCAUUAAUUAA